AUGGCUGAAGUUGCUACUGCCACUGCUGCUGCUGCUAGUACACGUCAAGUCUUUGAUUAUAAUCAUUCCAAUGAUGGAGAAUAUAAACAACUGAGAGAACAAGCUCAAAGACAUUUUAAAAAACACAAAGAAUUGAGUUUAGAAUCUCAGCAAUCUUAUAAGAAUGGUAAUAAAUCACAAGCCAAACAAUUAAGUGAUAAAUCACAUCGGGAAUAUAGGGAAUUUCAAAAAUUUAAUAAUCAAGCGGCGGAAUUUGUAUUUGUUGAAAAUAAUAAAGAUUCGAUGUCAAAUGAAAUUGAUUUACAUGGAUUGUAUGUUAGUGAAGCACAAUAUGUUGUUAAAAAAAGAUUGAUUUAUGGUAAUAAUCAUAAUGAACAAGAUGUUCAUAUAAUUGUCGGUAAAGGUAAACAUAGUUCAGGCGGUAUUGCUAAGAUUAAACCUGCAGUUGAAGAACUU